GUGGGCUGUCGCUCUGGUGAAUGAGGAAGCAGCAGAGCCAUUUUUCCUGUUGAGAAACUGCAUGCUGGUCUGCCUCUGCUAGAGAGGCAGAGAGAGAGAGAGAGCAAGGGAGAGGAAUAAAAGUCCUCUCCGGGAGUCUCUCCGGGGUCCUCGCCGGCCUUGUGAACCUCCCGCUCGCCGCUGCUUUUCAUUGAAGUUGGGGAGGCCCCUGAAGAGGACACAAUGGAGCGGAGAGCCUUUGGCAACUGGGCCGUUGUACUACUGAGAGGGGGAUGGGGUAGAGAGAAGACCGGUUCACACAGCUAACACAGCCUGCCGGCUGCAGGCUUCCGUGGCCUCUCCUCAGCUCCUGAACCAGCUCUUCCCGUCUCCCGGGCUAUUUUUUCCUGGAACAGACACCCCCACCACCACCAUCACCCCUCCCCAAACUCCACUUGGACUACGCAAUGGAUUUACUCAUCAUGUUCUGUGGGAUUUUAGGAAACGCACCAGAGCCUCAGGCUUAAAUCUGUGUUCUGGAUGACAGAAAAGGAAAGAGAAACUUUCCUAAUCAUCUUUUAACCCGUCUUUUGGGAUUGUGUCUUGUUUCCGUAUCGCGGGGUUUAUUUAAAUGGAUUACAAGAUGCAUGCCAAGUCCAACGAUUUGCUGGAUUUCCAAAAACUGGAUGCCCUUCUGGAAAAGAUUGCACAUUCAGUCUCUGUGAAAAGAGAGUCCAGCGAGGAGUGCAAUGGGAUCAGUGGUGCUCUGUCAGUGGAGUCUGUGCCGGGGCCAAGAUUGAACUGGUGCACUGCCAACACCGCUCCCCCUGCCCUCGCUCCAGCCCCCGCACCGGGGCCCGAGCCCAUGCCAAACCCAGUCAGAAUGGGGGACGGCCUGGACGCAGCGCAGAUGUCGGGCAGCAGCAGCAGCAGCAGCGGCAGUGGCGGCGGCAGCCAGGGGCAGCCCCAGACAGUUGGCAACCCUGUGCCCCCGGAAUACGUCAACCUUGACAGGCCCAAGCGCCAGACCAAUCAGCUGCAGUACCUGCUCAAGGUGGUAAUCAAGUCCCUGUGGAAGCACCAGUUCGCCUGGCCCUUCCAUUCACCAGUGGAUUCAGUCAAACUCAAUCUACCCGACUACUACACUAUAAUAAAAAGUCCUAUGGACAUGGGAACAAUCAAGAAAAGGCUUGAAAACAGCUACUACUGGAAUGCCCAAGAAUGUAUCCAAGACUUCAACAAGAUGUUUACCAACUGCUACAUGUACAAUAAGCCUUCAGACGACAUAGUCUUAAUGGCGAAGGCUCUAGAGAAGGCUUUCCUCCAAAAGGUCGCCGACAUGCCUCAGGAAGAGAUUGAGAUUGCGGUCAUGACAGGGAAGGGCCGGGGCCGAGGUCGGAGAGACGCCGGUCUCAGCUUGAAACCAGGGGCUAUAAUCGACCCUUCGUCCACAACUCCUCAAACGCGAGGCCUGUCGAACCUCUCGGCGGCACCUCAGACGAGAGGACCGGCGCAGGGCCCGCCUUCACUACCUCCUCAGCCUUUAAUGCAAGCCCUCCCGUCCCACGUUCCCCCGACGUUACCAGGCCACGCGGCACAGCUUGGCACGCCCUACUCUCUGGGCCAAUUGGAUUGCACUCUUCAAGUUCCCAUGAUGACCUCCGUGCCUCCCCCUGCUCAGACCGCCCUUCCCCCAGCAUCCAUCCAGAGCACUGCCCCCAUGCUGCAAAACCCUAUCACCAUGACCAAACAAAGAAAGAGCCAGAAAAGAAAAGCAGACACUACAACACCCACGGCUAACGACCAGCUCAGCGAGUCUUCCCCGGCCGAGUCCAAGUCGGGGAAGACUCUGCCCAGGCGGGAGAGCACCCGCCCCACCAAAAUGAUCAAGAAGGAGGCGCCGGACUCGCAGCAUCAAGUAGCGAUGGGCACGGGACACGGCGGCCCAAGUAGCGGCCAUAGCCCCGUCCCGCAAGAUCAACUGGGAUACUGUUUAAGUCUGGUCAGGGAGAUGUUGUCCAAGAAACACACGACGUACGCCUGGCCCUUCUACAAGCCCGUCGACGUGGCCGCGCUGGGUCUGCACGAUUAUCACGACAUUAUCAAACAUCCCAUGGACCUAAGCACCAUUAAGGCCAAGCUGGAGAACAGGCAAUACCGGGAUCCACAGGAAUUUGCUGCCGAUGUGCGGUUAAUGUUUUCCAACUGCUAUAAAUAUAACCCACCUGACCACGAGGUGGUGGCUAUGGCACGCAAGCUGCAGGAUGUAUUUGAGAUGCGCUUUGCCAAGAUGCCCGAUGAGCCGGAGACCAAGGCCCUUGCCUCCGUCCCAGCUCCUCCGCUCCACCACCCUGCCCCGGUGAAACCCCAGCCUCCGAUGGCUCACGUCGCCUCCUCCUCCGACAGCUCCAGCGACUCCUCCUCAGAGUCCGAAUCUUCGACCGACGACUCCGAGGAGGAGCGAGCUCAGCGGUUGGCAGAGCUCCAGGAACAGCUGAAGGCUGUCCACGAGCAGCUGGCUGCGCUUUCCCAGCCUCAAGCCAGCAAACCAAAGAGAAAAGAGAAGGAAAAGAAGGAGAAGAAGAAAGACAAACACAAGAAGAAAGUUGGCAUGCCCAGCCUUGUUGACGAGAUCCAGGAUACGACACCUGUUGCCCAGCUGUCUAAAAGGACCAAGACCAGUACAAAUAACAACAAAGAGCUUCCCAAGAAGAAGUCCAGUAAAAAAGAGGUGAUGAAAAACAACCAACCCCCAAACCUUCCACCUGUUCUCGGUCUGGAAGAUGACCUGGCGGGUUCGUCGGCUUCAUCGGACAAGUGCAAGCCCAUGACGUACGAAGAGAAGAGACAACUAAGUCUGGACAUCAAUAAGCUUCCUGGUGACAAACUGGGCCGCGUAGUCCACAUCAUCCAGUCGAGAGAGCCCUCGCUCAAGAACUCCAACCCCGAUGAGAUCGAGAUUGACUUUGAAACGCUCAAGCCUUCCACUCUGCGAGAGCUGGAGCGAUAUGUGUCCACGUGCCUUCGCAAGAAAAAGAAGGGCGGAGCUGAGAAGUCUAUGGAGUCCAUGGUCACCGCCAAAAAGAUUGGAUCUUCUUCAGGCAGCAGUGGAUCCAGUUCAGAUAGCGAAACUGAGGCUCCGGGGAUGAUAAAACCGCAAAAGAAGAAGGUCCAAUCUCUGAAGGAGGGGAAGAAAAUGCAUCAUCACGUACAGGGUGCCCCCACUCAGCCUGCGCUUCAUCCGCCAGCGGCAACUUUUCAGGCUCAGAUGAAGCAGCAGCAAGCCCCUCCUGUGGACUACAUGGCUCCUCCCGUAACCGCCCUGGAGUCUUCGCAGAUGUUGGAGAACAGCUUUGAGUCUUUGCCGUCGUUCGGCCAGCCCCUCAUGCAUCUUUCCCACCACACGGGAAACUCCUCGUCACCUGCACCGCCUCAGCUCAGCGCCAACUCCGCUGGCCCAGUGUCCCCUGAGACGCACCCCUUCCUCAACCAACAUCCUAUUCUCUCCUCUCCAGCCUUGCACAGUUCCAUGCCUCAGCAGCCGUCUCGACCCAGUCACAAGGCAGCGCCUCUUCAUCCCAAACUUUCCCAGCAGCAGCCAGCGCCUCCCCAGCAGCAGCAGCAGCAGCAGCCAGUGUUGCGGCAGCCAACUUUGCAGCAACAUCCGCCGCAGCAUCAGCAGCCGCUCCAGCAGCCCCAGUCGGCGCCUCCGCCGCAUCAGCUCCCCCCGCAGAUCCUUCACCCUCCUCAGCCCAUGCACCAGAGGCCCCUCUCCCCGCCGACACUCACGCCGCAGGGCUUGCUGUCUUCCCAGCCUCCCCAGAUGCUGCUCGAGGACGACGAAGAGUCGGCCUCCGCGGCGCCCCUGAACCAAGUGCAAUUGUACCUGCAGCAGUUCCAACAAGCCCGUCAGCCCCAGCAGUCAAUGCAGUCGCUCCAGGCGCAGGCUCGUCAGCAGCAGCAGCAGCAGCAAGCGGGACAGGAGUCGCUGCUCCAGUCGGUCCAGGGCCAAGCUCAGCUCUCCUCCCAAGCCACGUUGCCCGCUCCCCAGCUUCCGCUUCAGGUGCAGGCUCCGGCGGCCCCGCCGCACCAAGCCCCACCCCAACAGAUGUCCCUCCACCAGAGCCGCCACCUGCCGCACGGUCAGCCGCAGCAACAGCAGCUGAGCUACCAGCAGGUUUCCACGCUCGUCGGUCAGCCUCAGGGGCCUCCGCACAAGGUGGCCGUGCCCAGCAACAAAGCCCAGCAGAUCAUCCAGCCCCCGGAGGAGCUGUCCCCUCGGCCGCCCAAGCCUGACCUUUUCAUUGCCGGUCACCUGAGGGAUAACCCAUCCCCUCUCAUGAUGCAUUCCCCACAACUUCCUCCGUACCCUCCCGUGUCCCAAAAGUCUCCGCCUCACAAUAUGCAGCCCAAAAAGCAAAGGGCUUCUGGGAAUCAAGGAGUGCUCAAAGAGGAGAAACUUUCUCUUUCGCCAGCGAUGAGAGGAGAGCCUUUCAACCCCGCCGUGAGGCCGGAGCAUCACAAGCAUCCCGACAGCAAGCCCACUCAGCCAGGCCUCGUCGGCCAACAGAAUGUGAAGUCUAUGGACAGCUCUCGGCCUGUCGUCCGCUCCUCUGAGCCCAGCGGACCGCCGCCCUCCCUGCAAGACAAGGACAAGUUCAAGCAGGAGGCCAAGGCAUCCGCUGCACCCAAAAAGGAUGUGAAACUGAAGAACAUGGGCUCGUGGGCCAGCCUGGCCCAGAAGUCCACAUCGACGCCGAUGUCCGCUGUCAAGUCCUCCAGCGACAGCUUCGAGCAGUUCCGCCGGGCCGCCCGCGAGAAGGAGGAGCGGGAGAAGGCCCUAAAGGCGCAAGCCGAGCAGGCGGAAAAAGACCGCAUGCGGCGAGAGCUGGACAAACUACGAGGUCGGGAUGACGACGACGUCCUGGAGACGAGCAGGCGGGUGCACGAGGAACCGCGCAGACGUCCCGAGCAGCAGCAGCAGCAGCAACACAUCCAAGUGCCCCCACAUCAGCCCGAGCCUCAGCCAGCUGCGAUCCAAACGUCACCGCAGCAGCAGCAGCAGCCGCCGCCGCCGCCGCCGCCGCAGCCCCCCACGCCGCCGCAGCCCGCCGCCGUGCACAGCCCGCUCGACCAGCAGAGGGAGCUGGCGCGCCGGCGGGAGCAGGAGAGGAGGCGGCGAGAAGCGAUGGCGGCAACGAUUGACAUGAAUUUCCAAAGUGACUUAAUGGCGAUCUUUGAAGAGAACAUCUUCUGAGGAGCCGACAAAGGAGGAAGGGUGGAAACUAACUGCAAAAAAAACACACAAAAAAAGACAAAAGACCCCCCACCCCACCCACCCAACGGGGGGAUGACUUUUUGAGGGACGACUAAAGCGAGCGCCACAUCAUCAUCAUCAUCAUCAUCACCUCCUCUUGGGAAGUGGACGCCAUUUUGGCACUCUUUGCCUUUUUGUCUCCUCCCUCUUGGGGCGGGGGGUGGGUGGGGGGGGGGGGGGGGGGUCGUAACGACAACAAUAAUUUGAACUCGAAGCUCUGAUGAUUUACUGACACAAGACUUGAGCGCGCUUGUUUCUGGAACUGAAGUGGAGAACAAGACUUGCUCCCUUUUUUUUUUUUUUAAAUGUUUUGUUUCUUGUAUGUGAACACAUGAAAUGGUCCGGGGUGGGGUGGGGGGGGGGGGGGGAUUUUCCCACACUGUAAAUCAUGUCUAUUUCUCUAUAGAGAAGGUACACUUUGCCUUACACAUCUCUCUUUAAGACCAUGAGGUUCUGUGGCCUGCACACACGCGUUGGAAAAUGACAUUUAAUACAGCUACAACACGUAGGGGCAGUCAUCCUCUUAGUAUCUACUGUAAAGUAUUUUCUUAUACUACAAUAACUCUUUAUUUAGGAGCUUUUAUUUCUACUUUUCUUUACCGACACACUCCACACAAACACACACAUAUCUAUGCCAAACAACCUUUUAUGCUCUGUCCUACAUCACAUAAUAGCAAGCUAGUUUGAAAAUAAAUAAAGUAAGAUAUAUGCAUUAUCAUAGCUCCAGCAAGUAUUGAAUUAACGGACGGUUGAAGUCGUAUUUUGAAAUCCCCGACGGGACGCGGAGGUUCAGCAAUGGUAUUGUCAUUGUUAGAAUGGUUUCACUACAGAACAAAAAGCUCGCUCGCGCCGCUAUCCUUGAACUCCGUAUCGGCAGUCACACUACUGGAUUCAAGUCUUGACACAUCCUCCAAUUUAGAAGUUCAAAAAAAGACCGAAGAGUCCAUCUUUAGUUCUUUUUAAUGGACAUGACUUCUUUGAGACAACGUCGUCUCUUCUGGUGUUUGUUUUUCUCCAGUGCCUGUAUUAUUAUUAUUAUUAUUAUUAUAAUUGCCCGUAGGUGUGCAUGUGAGUGCGAAUGGUUGUUUGUAUGUGCUCUGCGAUGGGCUGGCAACCGGUUCAGGGUGUACCCGGCCUCCUGCCCGACGAUAGCUGGGAUGGGCACCAGCGCGCCCGCGACCCUAGUGAGGAGAAGCGGCUCGGAAAAUGGAUGGAUGGAUUAUUAUUGUUAUUAUUGUCUUGCAAUUCUCCUUUUGGCUUAUGUUACACUUGGAGGGUGUAAUAUUUGAACAGGGGUGGUGUGAAUGUUUUUUUUUUUUUGUCUGUUUAUGAAUUAUUUUGUGUAUAAAAGAGAGGGGUGUGGAGGAAAAAAAGGACCGUUUUCUAUUUGACCCGACCUCGGGGGUUUUAAAUGUGUUUUUAGCUGGACUUGUAAACAAGCGCGCUGUCAUUUUAGUCUCAGCGUGGACACAUUUGGCUUUGGAUUCUGCUCGCGUGUGAUUGUGCACAUUUAAAUGGCUGCGCGAUUGUGUGUGUGUAUUCUUUUUUUUUUUUUUUUUAAGAUGUUCGCGUUCUAUUCAAGACAAUAAACAGUACUUCAGGAGAA